AUGAAAGAAUACUGGGACCAGGUCUGUCCAGAACCAACGGUGAUUAAAGUCGAAGAUGUGAUAGAAUCCUUCGGUGACGUGGAGACCACCGCUGCAUCCCUAGUAGAAAAGUGGGUCGAGCUGCUCGACAAGAUAGAGGAUCCCUGUGUGGAAGUGGAGAAGAACCCGCGGCAGGUAUUUGAACUAUGGGUUAUGCAGGACGCUAAACGGCUCUUGGAUGUGUGGCCGUCCUUCUCGCAAUCACCCAUAAUGACGGAAUUUGGAUGGUCCUCGCUGGUGGAGCUAGGUUUCGACACGAACCGCGAGCUCUUUGCGCCUUCGACUGGGAUCGAGCCGUACCUGUCCUCGCUUCCACACACCGUAUCCAAUGCGCAGCGCUACACUGUCAUCCCUGGCUUGCUCGUCCUACACAUCCGGAGAGGGGACUUUGUUCGACACUGCAAGCGCAUCGCAGAGUGGCAAGCACGGUUUUUUGGCUACAACGCAUUCCCCUCCAUGCCAGACGAGGACGGCGUUCCCAGGGACUUGGCACCUUCUCUGAAAGAAGAGCGGUACCGUAUCCGGUGCUAUCCCGAAAUCGACGACAUCGUGAAGAAGAUAGAAGAGGUGCGGAACACCGACGCCGGACGCGGUCUGCGCAAUGCCUACAUCAUGACGAACGCUCCUGGAGAAUGGGUGGCGGACCUCGAGCGCGCGCUGCAGCGUGCAUGGAGCUGGGACAGCGUCACAAACAGCCGGGAGCUGCUCGUGAACCCAGAGCAGGAGUAUGUGAAGCAAGCGGUGGACGUGCUGAUCGGGCAGAGGGCUCAGGUGUUCAUCGGGAAUGGAUGGUCGAGCUUGUCGGGCCAAGUGUCUAUGCUCCGUAUGGCGAACGACUUCCCCCCUGCCUCAACACGCAUGUGGUAA